UUUGAAAGACCUUCUGAGAGAAGUUCGUAUUUAAACGGAAACAUUCUGUUGCCUCUUAUCAGAAACUAUGAUGAUGUGGUUAUUGUUGCCACUUUGGCUCCUAUCUUCAGCGGUUCACUGCGGCGGGCAAAACGAACUGAGACAUGGUGUUGUGUAUUUAAUUGGUACAUUAAACGAACCACAUACAAAAGAUGCCCGGAAAAGGGAUGUUAAUCUCUUCAAACCAAUAGCAGAAAAUGACGCACUCGAUGACGGCGUCUAUUUCAGGACAGAAAAUGGGGAGCCAAUAAAGAAUACUGAGGACCUUAUAAGCCGUAGAGUGAGGAGAUACGUGAAAAAAGAAAAUUUCGGAGGGGGAGGAGGAGGAGGAGGUGGAGGUUUUGGAGGUGGAUUUGGCGGAGGAUUUGGUGGAGGAGGAGGUUUUGGAGGUGGAUUUGGCGGUGGAAGAGGAGGAGGAGCUUUCGGUGGAAGUGGUGGCUACGGAGGAGGAGGUCCGGGGAAAGGGGGCUAUGGAGGUGGGAAUGACGGAGGUUUCGGAGGAGAUGGAUUGGGAGGAGGAUUCGGUAGCGGCGGAGGAUUAGGAGGUGGCAUUGCAUCAGGUUCCCAUGUUGGUGGAGGACAUCAUGGUGGAAACACUGGCUUGACUGGGGACGGGUUUGGAGCAGGAAACUCAGGUGGCGGAGGAAAACUUGUAACUGGUGGACAAGGAGGCUCAGGAGGUGGAGGUGGUGGUUUCGGUGGUUUCGGCGGAAUUGGAUCAGGAGGAGGGAGUCAAGGCAAAGGAUAUGGGGGCGGAAAGGAUGGUGGUUUCGGAGGAAGUGGAUUAGGAGGAACAGGAGGUUUAGGCGGAGGGGGAGGUUUAGGCGGCGGGGGAGGUUUAGGCGGUGGCGGUGGAUUGGGUGGUUUCGGUGGAACUGGGUAUGAAGGAGCUGGAAUAGGGGGUGGAAAUAAAGGUAAAGGAUCUGGAUCGGGCUUUAACGGUGGAUCAGGAAACAAUAACGGUUAUGGUGGAGGAAUCGCUGGAUAUGAGGAAGGAGGCAGUGGUACUUCGGGUUUUGGCGGCGGACUGGGUGGACACACAACAGGAGGUUCGAAUGGAGGUAAUAAGGGUAUCGGAUGUAGUGGAGGAUGUGGAGGAGGAGGAAAAGGCGGAGUUUACGCACACAGUUCAUCAUCUGCCUCUGCCGGCUCAUAUGGAGGAAGUUAUGGACGCUGAAUGGAAAGCUCUCAAGUAAUGUACUUGGAAUGAUAUUAUUUUAAUUUUGAGUUGUGCGAAAGACGGUUUGAAAUAAAGAAACAUGAAAGAAA